AUGGCAGCUCCUUGCCGACAGCCACCUCAGGCCCAUGUGGGCUGUAGAGGCUCCUCCAUACAGGCUGUCAGCGAGGUGGCGGUAGCGGCUCGCUCUAUGCUACGCCUUCUCCAUGACAAGAUUAGACCAGAUGACCCACGACAGCAGCAGCUUGCUGCUAUGCUCUGCUUUUUUGCCAACAAGAUUGGACCAGAGGACCAUCUGCUCUACAACAAAAGCAUUUCAUGA